AUGGCAACUAUUUAAACCAGCAGGAAUCAUCAACCCAAGCACGGAUUAUAUAGAAAUUUAACGCAGAAAUCAAAUGAGCAUGUGAUUACUUCAUAGUAAUUGGGAUUUCAAAGUUUUGACAUGAAUCAGCCUCUUGAUGCUUAUGUUAAUGAUGAUGAUCAUUUCGAUUCUCAUUAGGUUUCAGACUCUAUUGUAAACUUUGAAUCAGCUACAGUGGAAAAAGAUGAUUAAAAAGAGAAAGGCAAGAGCUUUAUUGAUUUAAAGCAGAAAUCAAAUUCUAGAAAUAUGAUUAACAAAAACUUCGAUAGAAGUGGCAACAAGACCUUCAAAUCAAGAUCUCCAGUGAAUUAUAAAAUAGGUUAAAAUAUUGCCAGAGGAGUGCGAUAAAAUGAAAAUAUAGAGCUGCAUAAUCAUAAACGUGUUAGUUCACUUAUUAAAAGUAAGGUCAAUUAAGAGUCCUCUGUUAGACAACCUAAUUAACUUGAUGUGAGUAUUUUUAAGGAAAUCAACUAUACUUAAAAUGGAUCUUAUACUCCAUUAUCUACUGUAAUGAUAACAAAUCCCACCAACAAUGGCUUGGGGAUUCUCGACGAUAGAGAAAGCUAUCUAAAUAAUAAUGAUUUUGUGACUGAAAACAUGACAAAUUUCUCAGGCUUAAAUCUAGCUUUUAAUUAACUUGACAGAGAAUCUAUAUUAGGAUCAAGGAAUCAAAAUUAAAUUACUUAAUAAAAUUAAUAAAGCAUGGAAACUAAUAUGACAAAAAAACAAACUCAAUAACAGUAGAGAGCAGUAGUCAAUAUGCAUGAGACAAGAGUAUAAUAAAAACUAGGAGAGAUAGACGAUGACCUUGGACCAAUUAUUGACAAUGAUGAUGGGAGUUAAAGUUAUAAUAAUGCAGGAGGUGUGUUAAGAGAAAAAUCUAGUUUUGAGGUUUAGUAUCAGAAGAUGACUAAAGAUUUCAUCACCAAUUUGUAAAACGGUCAAGGGGGAAAUAUUUAGAUGCUAUUACUAUCUGAUAAAGAUCUUAAGAAGUAUAAAGAGAAGGAACAUACAUCAUAAAAUAGAUCUUCAGGCAGCAAGAUAAAUCUCCAUAAUACUCUAUAUCAAGAGAGCAACUACUUAAAAGAGAAGUAAGAAAAAUUAUUAUUAGUAAAGACAAUGAAAGAGGAGGAUGAAUUUUCAAAAAAUUGCACAUUCUAGCCAAAUCUUAUCUCACUGAAAAGAAAAGGUUCUCAAAAUUCAAGUAACUCUAGGAAUAGAAGUCCUGACUAGUUCUACUCUUAAAUGCUUAAUUUUAAAUUAGCUAAAGAAAAAAAAGUUGAAGAAUUGAGAAAAUAGAAAGAAGAUCAAGAAUCUAGUUUGAGCAAGAAUAGAAAUUCAUUUUUCAAUAAUAGCUAGGGAAAAGGCCAUCUAUUCUUUUCACCAGGCGAAAAUAAGCAUGACUCAUCUUUUGAAGUAUUUGAAAGAUUAUAUACAUUAGGCUAGAAAAAAUAACUUAACAGAUCUCAGUCGAACCUAGUUAAUGUUUCAGUAAUUCAAAAUGAUUAAUCCUCUAUUCUUAAAAGAAGGAAGUUAGACAUUGAAAAAAUAGAUAAGCUUUAUAGAGAUGGAAGUAACAAAUCUUUGAAACUUAAUGCUUUGAAUGAGUAAAAAGAUAGAGAAAUACAUGAUUUAAGUUUAAACUCUAGAAUUUCCUUUUCACCAAAGAGAUAUCAACAUAAUUAAGCUCUUCUGAGGUAGAAAAUAUCUAAAGAAUUAAGUAAAAUCUACCAGAUCCUAUGUUUAAAGGAUUCAGAUGUCCUAAACUAUCAUUAACUGACCCUUUUAUUGUAAAAACUUAAUUAUUCUAAGAAACUUCUGGUUGAGUUAACUGAAACUGAUGAGGAAAAGUAGAUGGUAUUAGAUAUAUGGAACGCUUUAAAAGCUAAAUAUCAAAUGCCUUAAGAGUAGCAAAAAGAAGGUGUUAGUAUGAUUAAUCUGUAUUCGUUUUUAUGUAUACUACAUUAUGCUUAUGUUCAAGAUCCUUAAUUCAAAGAAGACACAUAAAGUAUAGAUCAUGCUGAUAGGAUUAAUUCAUUUGGAUAUAUUUCAAAAGACAAUCAGUUCUUCAUUCUGAACAAUAAACAAGGAGAUUAGAUUAGAAAUAUAUUCAAAAGGCUAUUAACUAAUCAUCAAGCAAAAGUUAAUGAAGAUAGGAAUCUUAUCACUAAAGAAAAGUUGAAAUAGCAAUUAAAGGAUUUCUUCAAUCCUUCACUGAGUUAAAAGUCAUUGAAAAUGGCUGCAAUUUAAAUAAAAAAGAUUCAUGAAGAACUAGAGAAAGGGGAUAAAAGACUUAGUGGCCAUGCUGAUCUGCUUUUAUCAAAGGGUUAGAUAUACAAAUAAAAAGUAGAUAAAUAAAGAGAAAGUUUUAAAUAGAUUGAAACUCUGGGUUGUACAUUUAAACCUCAAACUAAAGAAUGGAAGGGUGCAGCUAAGGCUCAAAAUAAGACAACUAAUUUACAUUUGCUAGAAAGAAGGAAGAGUCCUGAUCAAAAAGAGCUAAGUGGUGUGCAUGAAUCUCUUUAUAAGAUUAUGAAGCAAAGGAAGGAGGAUAAAAAAACUAUGGAGAUAGAAUUUGAAAAAAGUAGAAAUUAAUGUACAUUUAAACCUAAUCUUAGCUUGACUAAAACAUCAUUCAAUAAUAAGUCUAGUGAAAAUUUGGGUAAAGGUCUUCGUACUAGAAAUAUAAACAAUCUAAAGUAGCGUGAAAACUUGACAAGUAAUAACAACAAUAUGAAGCCCAAUCAAUGA